AUGGCUGGCUUAUCCCACCGCAGGACGCAUAACCUCUUACUGAUCAGCAAAUUGCUGAACCAAAGAGACCAUGCUUCCCCAUUCACACUUGUCCUCGAUACUCUCGAACAGCCAGCCAAACCACUUUUGCGAGAAUACAUACGGCGAGCAAGGCUUGGGAAAACCCACUGCAUUUUCCUGGCUUUCGAGACAUUGGUGAAGCCCGAGCAUGUAGAUGCUGUCGUGAGCUGCUGGGACAAGACCCCCUUUCAGAUCAGCCAGGCUGUGGCAACGGCCGCAUCGUCGGUUGGCGGCGGUAGACGUUGCCUUCUCCUCAUUGACUCGCUCUCCGCGUUGGCAUCCUGGUCGGUCGAUCCUGCCGCAGAUUUCAAUCUGACGAGCUUUCUGUCUGCGCUACUUCAACCACCGCAAAAGGCGCAAGCGACACCAAGUGCCAUUUCGCUUGUGGCGGUCUACCACGCAGAUGUGCCUCUGACUUCAACAACUCCUUACACUCCCAAACCUGCUGAACUGAUGGCAUAUCUCGCGACCACCAUUAUUCAUGUUCAUUCCCUCCCAAAUCUCUUGGCAGAGAAGAGCGCCAGAGACCGGAGUCUUGCGGCACCUUCGUUCGGUCUUGAAGAAGGCAUCGAAGGUGUGCUCAUAGGCCUGAAGCCAGGGUUGCAAAAGCUUAGGCCAGGUGAGCGUGGAGUUGUGCUUGAGUUGGAGCACAGACGCAAGAGCGGACGGGGCGUGCAUGAGUGGUAUUUCCUCCCGGAGCCGUCCUCCGCACAGACAGAGACACCCACUCCACAAAGCUUCAAGGAGGUUGCAAUGCUACUGGACGACCAUCCUCUCUUCCGCAAAACCCAGGUUGACAUACCCGUCGAUGAUCAAGACCUUGCAGAUAUGACUUUCGAGCUUGGUCUCACCAAACGACAAAGACAGGAACGAGAAGGUGUCGUGUUGCCGUACUUUGACGCGCAGAAAGGUGGCGGAGGACCAGGCGAGGGUGGGAGAAUCUUGUACGAUAUGGGCGUCGAGGAUGACUUUGACGAUGAAGAAGAUGAGAUUUGA